UUUUGUUCGGUAUCCAGAGAUAUUUAAAAAAAACUUUCAUCACCAUGAGUGGAUGUCGUGUGUUUAUUGGCCGUCUGAGCCCUCAUGCUCGUGAAAGAGAUGUGGAGAAGUUCUUCAAAGGCUACGGACGUAUCCGAGAGAUUAACCUGAAAAACGGGUUUGGCUUUGUGGAGUUUGACGACUACAGGGAUGCAGAUGAUGCAGUGUAUGAACUGAAUGGCAAAGAGCUGUGCAGUGAGAGGGUGACCAUUGAGCAUGCCCGCUCUCGCAGAGGAAGAGGUGGUGGCCCAGGAAUGGGAGGUCGUUUCUCUCCACGCUUUGGAGGUUAUCGUCAGUCCCGCAGUGGCGGUUCCAGGUAUGGACCACCAGUGCGCACAGAGCACAGAAUCAUAGUGGAGAAUCUCUCCUCUCGCAUCAGCUGGCAGGACCUGAAGGACUUGAUGAGGAAGGUUGGAGAAGUCACUUUUGUGGAUGCACACAGGACCAAAAAGAAUGAAGGGGUGGUGGAGUUUGCUUCACACAGUGAUAUGAAGAAUGCCAUCGAGAAGCUUGAUGGAACUGACCUGAACGGGCGCAAACUCAAGUUGUAUGAGGAUCGCAAGAGGAACCGCAGUAGGAGUCGUUCCCGCAGCAGGAGCAGCUCUCGUUCUCGUUCCCCAAGCCGCAGUCGCAGCCCCGAGCGUGGAAGCAAGCGCUCUCGCAGCCGCUCCCUCAGUCGCACCCCAGAGAAGAAAUCCACCAGCAACAGAUCUCCUUCCCGCUCUCCAACUCCUCAGAGGAAACAGAGCCGCUCUCGAUCUGCCUCCGCAGAGAGUCAGCACUGAAACUAAAUGUGUAUGUGUGUGCGCGUGAGAGACUGAGCUUUUUCCACUUAUUAAUGUGGCAUAUGUCAUUGUGCUACUUUAGUGUAAAUUACUGAAUGUGAGUUGAGUGAGUGAAUGAAUGUGAAUGGGUGUGUGUGCGAGUGGGUGUGUGUGAAGAUGUUUUGGUUUAUUUCCAAUGCUGAAAAACUGGGUGGGUUUAACUGAUAAUGGAGUGGGAUCAGACUAGAGAUAUUUUCAGUGUCUUGUUUUGAUUUCUAUUUUUUAUUUGAUCAAUUUCAAUACUGGAGUACUUCUGUAGAAAUACUUAAAUGUGGGUUUUGUUUUUCAAACUCACUUGUUAAUUUUUGUUUAGAGUCCAUAUGCUUGUUCAACAGAAGGAUAUGCUUGUAUAUACACCCUGUAAUAAAGUAUAUUGGUAUUUGGCA